CGGCUGUGGAUUUGCCCGGUGGCAACCCCCAGGCUGCACAGGAUGUGGCCGGGGAGUCACCUCGGCAUGCACAGCAGCCGGUCGCAGCUGCCCCCCGCCCAGACCCUCCACUCACCAUUCCAUCCACCGUGCCCUUGCAGAAGAGCGAGGACUCAGCAUUCCUGGGCAUGGAGAACGCCCCGCCAACACCGCUGCCUGAGUCUCUCCCCAUCAGCUGCGACUCUAAGGACAGUGUCUCAGAUGAAGUUGCCGCAGGUUCGAGAUCCUUGCCCACAUCCCUUAGAGAUGACCGUAGCUCCUCGGAUGAGAUGCAAUGGCUUCCAGCUCCCCUUUGUCCGCCUCUUGCCCCAGAUACAAAGUUCAACCGCACAGAGCAAGAGCUGCAAUAUGAGUCACAAACUGAGAAAAGCCAAUCAAAUUGUGACACGGACCAGAUUCAACCACUUGAAGAAGGUGCAGGACUUCUGGCUAUUUCAGAGAAGCAGUCCAACAGAUUGGAAUAUAAACCAGAGACUGGAACAAAUGUGGAAACUGUUGGAAAUGAUCAGAAAGGUGGGAAUAUUCUCCCACAAACCUCAUCUCAAAUCUGUUCCACAGCCUCAACUUCCUCUGUCCCACAAUCGGAUGCUGACAGCACAGGACAUGGGGCUGUGGAGCAGUCGAACAGGGACUCACUCCUCCACACAAAUCAAGACAGCCAUAUCUCCCCGUCAGGUGCUGCGUGGCAAGCUGAUGGUCACCAGGACUCAAAAUCUCUGCUCCCAUCUUCUGACAGCAGUGAGAUUAAACAAACUGACACAUCACAAACACAUCCUGAAAUCAUCACGACGAUCUCAGAUGAUCCUAGAGAAAAUUCUUGUGAAUCAGUUGAGACAUUUGACCGUGUUACAGCGCUUCUUAAAACUUCUGACAGUGAAACCCAACCUCCAUCAGCUGAAAUACUUGAGACCCCAGAGGCAAGAGAAAAACCUCAUGGAUUACACACUUCUGGAAACGCAAGCUUAUUGUCCAGUAGCGCAGCUGGGAGAGAAGACGGCGAGAUCCAGAAGAGCUGUGACUCUCCUGGGGGAGAGCGGGUUGAGAGUAGCACAAGGGAAGAACACUCGGACGCGGCCGUCUCCUCGUCUGACUUCACAAUGCUGCCAGAGAGUUCUUCCACCCAGGAUAGUUCCUCAAAACCCUCCGCUGCCCCUCCCCUGUUUGAUAGCGGCAUAGUAAUCUCCCUGCAGGCGGGGCAGGUUGUUGAAGCAGAAUCCUCUCCCCCCUGUGAUCAGCUCCCACCAACACAGGCACCUCUGGUUGCUGAGCUGGGAGAUGCUCAAGAAAUCGUGGUUGUCCAAGAGGAGGCUCAUAUCAACGAGGACUGGUCUAACGUGCACCUGAAACAGAGUUACAUCGUACAGCGAGAGGACGGUAGUGUCUGUGAAGCUGCCCUCGUCAACGAGCUGAGCUCUGAAUCAAAGCUGUAUGAAGAAAGGUUUGAGGCCGACGUGGAGUUGGACUCCCAGCCGGUGGAAGUGUAUGAGUUCUGUGGCCUGGUGGAGGAGGUUGCAGAGGAAACGGUCUGUGCCAGUGGCAGCGUACAGAUGUCUCACUCUCCAGGAUACGAGAUGAACCUGUUCAACGCGCUACUGGAAAACUCUGAGGAGUUUAAUGUCAAACAGGACUUGGAGUUGCACCUCGGACCAUCUAUUCACACAAUCAAUGACAGUGACACUAUCAUCAUUUCCCAGCAGCCCUUGCCGUCACCGCAUGAUGCAAAUCAACUGCAGGAUCUCUCAAACAGUAAUUCCCAUAAUUUGUCCUUACAAAGCAUGAGGGUAGCUAUCAGACAGCAUUUGGUAUUAGACUCUAACCAAGCUGUUCAAGUGGCAAACUCCAGUGAGGUUUGUUUAGUUGAAGUAGCUGCUGUGACAUCUGACUCAUUCCCUGCAGAACAAGCAGGCACAAGUGCACAAAUUGUGACGACUUGUCCGCAGGUCAGUGCAACAGCUUCAGACCAAACAGAGGUGAGUGAUUCUCCUGAAAUUCAAACAGCUCCCCAGAAACAGGAAGCUGAGGCAACAGUUGUCUCUUUAUCUCUCAUAUCCCCAGUGGUCACCGGUGAGGAUGUGGCGAUGCAAUCAUCUGUUGCUGUUUCAGUGAACGUUUCUCAUGUAGAGAAUCAGCCCUCUCUAACACAGACCCCAGGAGUCACUGUUGUAAAUGCCACAAAGCUUGAGGCCUGUGUUUCUUCACAUGGAGGGACAGUAGAAGCCUCCUCUUUGACACAAGCUGCAUCACAGAGUAUUCACAAUGUUGAUGUGCCCACAGAAACCAAACCAGAGGCUUUCCACACCUCUUGCUCCUCUAGUUCUAUCGAUCCAAAGCUGCUCCUGCUCAAACCAGGAGAAAUAUCUCUCCUGAAAUAUCCAUCCUCCCUUUUGUCACAGGUGUCCAAGCAACAAAAUGUGUCCGGCAAGUUGGCCAGUACCCACUGUGCUCUGUCUGGCACGGUGUCUGAGGAGUGCCUUGCCCAAACUGACUCAGCAGCAGGUUCUCUCUGUGCGUCAGUGGCUCUUAGCAGCCGGAACGAUCAGGCGACGUGUUCUGUCAAUAAAACUUCUGUGACAGCGGCUCUGCCUGUCGAGGUGCAGCCGUCUGCGAGCAGUAACAUCACAUCUCAGCAUGAGCAGACCCCCACAAACAAAUCUGACAACGAGGCCUUAACUCCAACUAAAACGUCAACAACCGAAUCUGUGACCCAAGAGACCACCCCACCCAGAACCCCCCACACCCUUCACAUGCACGAAGGGUCCGAGGAACAGGAAGGUGUGCAGUCCAGCAGCCCCAAUGACCCCAUCAGCCAACCUGACUCCAUGGAUGUGGAGGACGAGAGCGAGGACAUGGACCAGGACGACCAAACGGGAGACGCUGAGGCUCACGAGGGAACUUCAGGACAGGUCAGCAGCCCGGAGGAAGGCAGUGACGAAGAACCCGACGCUGACAAAACAGAGAGUGAAAUGAAUACUUCCAGCUCAUCACUCAAGGUACGACAGUGGAUCGCAGAGAGGGUUGCCGCCAAUUCAUCCCCCGUCUCCCCGUCCACCUCCUCCUCCCAACCCGGCGCCUCUCCCACUUCUGAUUGGGCCCUUGCUCGACGAGAGAAGUCCUCACCUCUCCGGGGUCCUAGUGGCAAGUUUGUCUCUCCUGGAACCGUCGGUAGCUACAGUCCAUCCUCUGUGUCUCCUGAUCCGACCACUCCUCAGCGACCCCGUGGGGAGCGGCACACAGACAUGGCCGAGCAGGCUAAACAUGAAGCAGACAUUGAACAUCGAACCCAGGCAUUCAAGCGAGAGGGCUUCUGGUCAAUGAAGCGUCUCACCCGCCUGACAGAGCCGACACGACCCAAAGUUCACUGGGACUACCUGUGUGAGGAGAUGCAGUGGCUCUCUGCUGACUUUGCCCAAGAGAGGCGAUGGAAGAGGGGGGUGGCUCGAAAGGUGGUCCGGAUGGUGAUGCGACACCAUGAGGACCUGAGGCAAAAAGAAGAAAAGGCCAAGAGAGACGAGCACGCUAAAAUUAGAAGAGUUGCAUCUUCCAUCGCAAAGGAAGUGCGGGCUUUCUGGAGCAGUGUGGAGAAGGUGGUGCAGUACAAGCAGCAGUCCAGGUUGGAGGAGAAGAGGAAGAAAGCUCUGGACCUCCAGCUGGACUUCAUCGUUGGCCAGACGGAGAAGUACUCGGACCUCCUCAGCAAGUCGCUCGCUCCCAGCAGGCCGGCGGAGACUGUCGUUGUGACACCCCCGAAACCUCUACCGCCCCCUGCUGAUGAGGAUGAUAGGGACUUUGAGCCUCCAUGUGAGGAAGAGGAUGACGAGGAGACAUUAGACGUGGAGGAGCAGCAGGAGGGCAAUGAUGCUGAGACCCAUAGGAGGGAGAUUGAGCUGCUGAAGGAGGAGGGCAUGCUGCCCUUGGACCAAUUACUCAGCACCCUCAAACUGCCACAGAAUCAUUGUACUUCGAAGGAGACGGUCUCAGAAGAAGAAUGCUCUGAUGAAACCUCUUCAUCCGUGGAGGAGGAAGAUGGGGAAUUCACUGCCAAUGACGAAGAUGCUGAGGAUGAGGAGGACACCAUCGCAGACCAGGAGAAGGUAGAAGGAAACCUAAAUCAUGAAGAGGAGCUGGAUGAUCUAGCUAAAGAAGGCGACAUGACCGUGGAGGAGCUGCUGGAGAAGUACAAAGGAGCUUAUGCCUCCGACUUCGAGGCACCUUCUGCUUCUGGCUCUAAAGCGAGCUCUGAUUCUGAGGUUUCUGGUGAUGAGGAGGAGGAGACGGAAGAAGAUGAGAGUGAUGUUGAGAGCAACUCUUCCUCCUCAGAUUCACAAGGUGACAGUGCUGAGAAUGAUGAGAGUGAGAAGGAAGUAGAGGAGAAUGAGAAUGAGGAGGAGGAGGAGGAAGGUGAUGACUGUGGAGAUGAAGGGAUGGAGGUCCUGCUAAAGGAGGGAGAGGCCACCCCACCUUCCACUGCUGCACGACCGAAGAAAGAAAUCAGUCAUAUCGCUGCGACUGCAGAGAGUCUGCAGCCUAAAGGCUACACUUUGGCCACCGCGAAGGUCAAGACUCCCAUCCCGUUCCUGCUUCACGGCACGUUACGAGAAUACCAGCACAUUGGACUCGACUGGUUGGUCACCAUGUACGAGAAGAAGCUUAAUGGUAUUUUGGCCGAUGAGAUGGGUUUGGGUAAAACCAUCCAGACGAUCGCGCUGCUCGCUCACCUCGCCUGUGAAAAAGGUAACUGGGGGCCUCACCUUAUCAUCGUCCCCACCAGUGUGAUGCUGAACUGGGAAAUGGAGCUGAAGCGCUGGUGUCCCGGGUUUAAAAUCCUCACGUACUUUGGCAGCCAAAAAGAGAGAAAGCUAAAGAGACAGGGCUGGACGAAACCUAAUGCUUUCCACGUGUGCAUCACGUCAUACAAGCUGGUGCUCCAGGAUCACCAGGCCUUUCGACGCAAGUCCUGGCGCUACCUGAUCUUAGACGAGGCUCAGAACAUCAAGAACUUCAAGUCUCAGCGCUGGCAGAGUCUGCUGAACUUCAACAGCCACCGGCGACUGCUGCUGACAGGAACUCCUCUGCAGAACAGCCUGAUGGAGCUGUGGUCCCUCAUGCACUUCCUGAUGCCCCACGUCUUCCAGUCCCACCGCGAGUUCAAGGAGUGGUUCUCCAACCCGCUGACGGGAAUGAUCGAGGGCAGCCAGGAGUACAACGAGGGCCUGGUCAAGAGGCUCCACAAGGUGCUGAGGCCCUUCCUGCUCAGGAGGAUCAAGAUCGAUGUCGAGAAGCAGAUGCCAAAGAAAUAUGAACAUGUGGUUCGCUGUCGCCUCUCCAAGAGACAACGGUUCCUCUACGACGACUUCAUGGCACAGGCCACGACCCGGGAAACACUGGCUAGUGGUCACUUCAUGUCUGUGAUCAACAUCCUCAUGCAGCUUCGCAAAGUGUGCAACCACCCCAACCUGUUUGACCCCCGACCCGUCCAGUCCCCCUUCAUCACCAAGCCCAUCGUGUUCCACACAGCCUCGCUGGUGCAGGAAGCCCUGGAGGUGUCUCCUCUACAGCGCUGCGACCUGUCUGCGUUCGACCUUGUUGGUUUGGAGAGCCGUGUGUCCCGGUACCAGGCAGACGUGUUCCUGCCGCGCCACAAGGUCAGCCGCCAACUUAUCCAGGAGGUUCUGGAGUCUCCUGAUCCCCCACCCAGACCCAAACCAGUUCGCAUGAAGGUCAACAGGAUGUUCCAGCCGCCUCCUAAAGGUGAUAAUAGAUCGUUGGUGCUGAUGAACAAGCCGACCUGCUCCGUGCCGCCUGCAGCUCAAAUCCUCAAACCUGCUCCAGUGACCGAACUCUCCUCAACUCCUGCUCAUGCUCCUGUCGUUCAACAAGUGGUGUGUUCUGUGGCCUCCGCCCCUCCUCCCCGCCCAUCCAUGCAUCCUGUGGCUCAGACUGCAGUGAGGUCCAGCACGCCCAAGCCAGUGUUGACCGUACGGCCUCCCACUGUUCCCUGCACGGCCAGCAUUCCUUCUCAUCCCAGUCCAAACCCCAGCACCAUCAUGUCUCAGAGGGUCCUGCUCAGUCCAGAUAUGCAAGCCAGGUUACCUUCUGGUGAGGUAGUGAGUAUAGCCCAGCUGGCCUCCCUGGCAGGUCGACCUGUGUCGUCGUGUCAGGGCAGUAAACCCGUCACCUUCCAGCUCCAGGGCAACAAGCUGACUCUGUCCGGGGCUCAGAUCCACCAGGUCCCCUCAGCUUCUCCACGUGCUGUUCAAGGUAACGUGGUGCACCUGGUGUCCAGCGGGGUGCAGCACCACCUCAUCACCCAGCCGGCUCAGGUACAGCUACAGAGCGCUGCCAACGCCCACCCUGCCAACACGCCCUCUACUGCUCCACCUGCAAACCGCCUGCCUCAUAAUGCCUCCGCAGUGCCCUCGUCCAUCGUGAGCAGCGCCGGCGUCGUGAAGAUCGUUGUGCGUCAGUCAGCAGGCAAGGAGGGCGGGGCGGUGCCCACCCUGGCAGUGGCCCCUUCCCCCCGUGUUGUUCCCCAGGCUUCCCCUUCCCUGCACGUCCACGCCAACUCACCCACUGUCAGAAACACUGCUCCGCUGCAAAUUACCCAGCGCACCCCUGGUCCCGCUACUGCCCACUACACCAUAGCUCCUCCCAGAAACCCCAGCUCCACCCUGAACCAGCCCCAAGUCCCCCGCCCUGUCCUCAAAGUAGUGCAGCCUCCUCCACCAAGCACAGAGAAGCCAGCUCCAGGGACGCCCUCGUCCUCUGCACCCAAGUCUUCAGCCAUGCCAGGGGACACCGGCAGCAGCAGCAGUCAAACACCUGCUGCCACUAAGUCGAGGCAGAGUGCAAAAGUCUACCCCCCGCCCAGGAAAGUGCCCCGCCCGCCUCCUCGCUCUCCUUUCCACAUGUCGUGGCUGGCUGAGAGCCACAAGCAGCAGCACAGCAGCCGGCUGGACUUCAUCAUUCGAGCCAACGAGCAGCACUGCAGAGCCAAGCCCAUGUACGGCCGGGAGGUUCUGAACUUUCUGACUUUCCUGCCCGGUCCCAGUCCCUCCCCAGCCGCUCUGAGCCCUCGGGGGGAGUGGGGCCGGUCGGGUCACAGCAGCUGUCUGUUCGCACAGCGCCAGAACAAAUACGACUACUUGUAUCGGAGUCGCGCCGUGAGAGCGGCCAUCCAGGACCCCGAGGACCGGCUGGAGAUGCUGAGUGGAAUGAUCGACAGGUUUACAUUCUCGAUUCCCCCUGUAGAGGCUCCUCCCAUCUCCAUGCACUCCUGCCACCCUCCUCCCUCUCUGAGCCACAAGCAGGUGGUCUUCUCCUCUGUGCUGUCGACUCAAGUCGCUCCGCUCACUCGCAGCCUGCAUCGCAUCCAGUGUUACAUGAGGACGCAGUUCCCAGAUCUGAGGCUCAUACAGUAUGACUGUGGAAAGCUUCAAGUUCUGCACACUUUGCUGCGGAAGCUGAAGACAGGAGGCCACAGGGUUCUGAUCUUCACCCAGAUGACGCGUAUGUUAGAUGUUCUGGAGCAGUUCCUCAACUACCAUGGACACAUCUACCUCCGCCUGGAUGGCAGCACCCGGGUGGAGAUGAGACAGUCCCUCAUGGAGCGCUUCAACGCAGACCGUCGCAUCUUCUGCUUCAUCCUGUCGACUCGCAGCGGGGGGGUCGGGGUGAACCUGACCGGCGCCGACACUGUAGUGUUCUACGACAGUGACUGGAACCCCACCAUGGACGCCCAGGCACAGGACCGCUGCCAUCGCAUCGGUCAGACACGAGACGUCCACAUCUACAGGCUGAUCAGUGAACGCACAGUGGAGGAGAACAUCUUGAAGAAAGCCAACCAGAAGAGGCUGCUGGGAGAUAUGGCUAUUGAAGGAGGAAACUUCACCACGGCCUUCUUCAAACAGCAAACCAUCCGAGAUCUGUUUGACAUGAACGAGGGGGAGAAACGAGAGGCGGCGGUGGAGCUCGCCGUGCCCCAGCCUGAGGAAGAGGAAGGCCCCAACAAGCAGAGCACCACCAUCCUGGAACAGGCCUUGUGUCGUGCAGAGGACGAGGAGGACAUCGUAGCAGCUUCUCAGGCCAAAGCAGAACAGGUGGCAGAGCUGGCCGAGUUCAAUGAGAACAUACCUCUGGAUGAUGGAGGCGAACAGGAGGAGGUGGAGGAGCUCUCCAAGGCCGAGCAGGAAAUAGCUGCUCUGGUGGAACAGCUCACCCCCAUUGAACGCUACGCCAUGAACUUCCUGGAAGCUUCGUUGGAAGAUGUUUGUAAAGAGGAGUUGAAGCAGGCUGAGGAGCAAGUGGAGGCUGCCAGGAAGGGCCUGGACCAGGCCAAGGAGGAAGGCCUCAAGCUCCACGCUUCAUCUGAGGAAGACGACGAUGACUUCUUAUCACCGCCAGAGUCUGUGGAGCCCUCUCAGCCCACCCCAGCCCGCCGGGGGCGUAAACCCAAGGACAAAGACAAGGUUGUUACAUCUACAAGGACCAGUGGUCGACUUCGGGGGGCCUCGCCUGAAACUGAGCCUGAGCCCACUCCCCCCAAAGACGUGCCUGAAAGACCCCGCCUCGGUCAGAGGACGUCUGGACGGGGAGCUGCCAAAGACACUGGUUCUGUGUCUACCACCCCGUCCCGCACAGAUCUAAAAUCCUCCUCAUCAACUAAACCCCAUGACUCCGCCAAAUCGUCAAAAGCUUCUUCACCUGCCAGAGAUAACCAGACCCCCAAAACCAGGACUCUACCAAACCGCUCCCAUCCCAGUCCAGUGCCUUCGCCUCCUACAGGCUCCCCCCCAGGAGGAAAACAACAGUGUGCCGUAGAGACUGACGGUAAAAGCUCCAAAGCAGGCAGAGAGGAGAAGGAGGAGAAGGAGGGGGAGGACGAGAGGACAGUGUCUGAGUCAUCACUAGAAUCCAGCUGUCACGUGGAACAUCAGACAAAAGAGGAUGAUGGCAAAGAUCUCAACGCCAUGUCUCCCCCCUCCACAAGCUCCAGAUCGCCUCGUAAGCGCCAGUCAGCCGACGGUGAAGUCCUGCGGGGUCUUGUUGAAGACACCCCAUCGGCCAAAGUCCUGCGAAAGCUUCCAGGGAGGCUUGUCACGGUGGUGGAGGACAAGGAGCCGAGAAGGAGGAGGCGGCGUGGCAGUGGCACUGGAGGUGGAGGUUCUUCAGAGGAGGCAGCAGUGGAGGAAGCUACUGCUGGUCCGGUUGAAGAAUCAAACAAAGACAAAACAUCACCGAGCCCUGACGCCAAAACUAAAGUGGCUGUUCCUCAGGAACCAGACCCUGUCCCAAACCCACCUGUGCCCCAGCAGCCCGUCAGAAGUUAUCCUCCUUAUUCUCCUUCCAACCCUUCUCCUGACAUGCCGGUGCUGAGAAAUCUGCCGGUGCGGCGCCGGUUGGAAACUGAAUCUCGCAUGGCUGCUCAGCUGGGAGAGCAGCAUCAUCAUCUGGGUAGAGGACGGGGAGCAAACCAGUCCAGAAAGUCUGACACGGCUCCAGGCAAAGACACCACGUCCUCCCCUGCAGACUCUAAUGUGAACUCUCUUGUGACGCCUUUGAAAAGAAAGAGGGGCCGUCCCCCGAAGACGAACCUCAAGUUACCGGAGCAGGACACCACGUUGAACCGCACCCCUCAGCCCACGUCUCCAGGUGAGGAGGGGAACGCUCCGCUCUCCCCAAAACGUAAGAGAGGUCGUCCCAGGAAAGACUCCACCACAACCUCAGAAACAGUUGGUGAAGGACAGAACUCUAAAAAAGAGACCACCACUUCGGAUGUUUCUGGUUUGUUAAAACGAGAUGCUGGUGCAGAGCUGACGGCGCCACCUCCCGUCAAGUCUGAGAUUCUCACAGCUGCUGCUGUCGGCACAAGUCUGACAUCUCAGUCUACCUCAGCUGAGAAGACCGACACUAAGACCGAGGGUUCAGCCCCAGUUUCACCUCCUGCUCCAAAACCAGCUCCAGCCUCCACAGAAAAAAACACUCAAGUGUCCACACCAGUCUUCCCAGUCAAAGCUCCACCUGCACCAGAGGUGACCUCCCCCCUCCCGACUGCUGCCUCCACAUCAGCCUCAACCCAAGUUACAGCUUCAGUUCCAAACUCGGACACAACUUCAGUCCACAGCUCUUCUCCCCUCACACCUCCCACGUCUGUCCCUGUCCCUGCUCCACCUGCCACCACCUCAUCUCUUCCAGAUGUAAAAGAAACACUUCAAGCUUCUAAUGCUCCCAAAGAUCUAAAACCUUCAGGUUCUACAUCUUUGAAAACAACGGAACCAGACGCUGUCCAGACGACCACCGUUUCCCCAGCAGCGGCUCCAACACUCCCAACAACGACAGUGAAACCAGCAUCGGUCCCAGUCCCGACGACCACAGCAGCUACUGCAUUAGUAUCAAAAACAGCCAGUGUUGCACCAGCAGCCACCACUACAGUGAAACCAGUCACAACAACUAAAACAACUGCUGCAAAGGUCUUUCCUCAAGCUCCUGCUCGACCACCGCCCACAACCAUCACUCCAACAUGUGUCCCAGCUCCCAGUUCAUCAGCUUCACCGAAACCAACGUCGCCCUCUACUGCCGCAACGACUCUGACAACUGCAGCCAAAACAAUCCCAACGUGUCCAUCAAAACCAUUAACUGUGUCAUCACCUCCAGUAAAAACAACACAAACCAGUGCAUCCAUCCCAUCAACCACUAUGACAACAACAGCUCCAGUGAAAACUGUGCAAACAAGCUCAUUAAACACAACACAAUCCACUAGUGCAGCUCCACCCACAUGCCCGAAGCCUGGCAUCGCUUCUACAACAACCCCCGAUGCACCAGUCACCACGUCUUCAUCUUCAGCCAGUACAGCUCCAUCUCCUCCCGCCCGAACCAGUGUGACCACCACCAAAGUCCCAACCAAACCAGUGCAAGUUGCUACGCAGGAGAAUCUGACCGCAGAGGCCGUCCUGUCUCCGACAUGUCCCCCUGCUCCUCGUCCAGUCUGCGCUCCCUGUCCAACGUCCACCAGCGUCCCCCAAACCUCAGAGACCAGGACUGUCCCAGUGUCUUCACCACCUCCAACAGAAACACCUGAAGAAGAAGAAGAAGAAGCCUCCAAAGAACCAGCUUCUGCUACAACUGCAGAAAAGACUUUAAAUAUCGAACCCACAAUGAAAUCCUCCCCAGAGAGGUCGGCUACAGUUGCUGAGACAAACAUCCACGACUCCUCCACCUCCACGGCUCCGGCUCCAGUCACCACUACUGAACCAGCUCCUUCUGUGUCCACCUCCCAAACGCCUGCAGCCCCUUCCCCCCCAAUCCAAAUCUCUGUAUCCCAGAGCGUCUCCACAGAGGGGUCGGCUCAGAGAGAGGUCCCAGAGCAGAAACCCUCACCUGCUGCUUCCAGUGCUUCACCUGAGAAACAAGCUGUAGAGUCCAAACAGAAAGCGUGUACAUCUGAAGGUAACUGUGAAAUGGAAGUAGGUUGUGAAGAGGCUGAAGAGCAGGAGGACACAAAUCUGGACAUCGAGUCUCCACCUAAAAGGAAGAAGGUGGAGCGUUCCUCUCAGAACAAAGAGUCAGAGAAGGAGGGAACAGGAGGAGAAGAGCAGAAUACAACUGAGUCUCUGAAAGAAGAAGAACCGCUGGCAGAGGAAGCUCCUGACGAACAGGAAACUCCCAAACAGAAAAGACAACUCAGUCGCCAGAGCAGCCAGGAGUCCACCCGCUCCUCUACACCUUCAUCAGGGGGCUCGACAUCGACCCUCACUCGUCACGCUCACCACAAGAGGACGUAUGAGAACAGACAUCCUGCUAAGAAGAGACGAGUGGACGUCACCUCAGAAUCCGGCAACGAGGAGACAAAGGAAAAGGACGUGAAGAGGAAAGACGAUGAUCAGGAGCACGGGGCCUCCCGGAGGAGGCGCUCCAGGUCCUCCUCCUCCUCCUCCGACUCUGAUAAAAGCGAGUGCGGCGAGGAGCACCGGUUGACCCGCUCGGCCAAGCGCCGGCUACAAGAUCAGGAGAAGGAAAAGGGAAACAACCGGUCGGGGAAGAGACCUGCACGCAGCUCUGAGAGAAACACAUCGAACAAUACCAACACGUCCACCGGGGGGGAGUCCGGCAGUGACACGUCUUCUGUCAGGACCAACAGGAAGUCAGCAGGAGCUCAGUCCUCACAAGACUGUAAAACAAUCAGCGCCCCCCCUCCUGAGCCCGAGGUCCUGGGGAAGAGAUGCUCGGCUCUGAACGCGGCAGCUAAGCUUCUAGCAAUGAAAGGCCGAGUGGACACCCCGGGCCACACCACCCGGAAAGACCCCUCAGCCAAGUCCUCCGGGACGUCUCCUGCCUCCUCGGCCGACAAGAACCAGAAGCUUAAAAACAAAAGUGUGCCGGCUUCUCCUCAGAGUAACUCUGUGGCUCCUGCUAACAAUAAAAGCUCCGGCAGCAAACACUCCACAGCCAAUCAGUCGAGCCGGCCUGCGUCCCGCUCCACCAGGCAGUGCCCCGGUUCUCUGGUUCCGCCCCUGGACAUGGAGUUCAAGAGGUCCAAGCCCGAGGAGAAGGAGCGGGCGAGUCGGAGGUCAUCGAGGGGGAAGGAAGACUCCCGGUCCCGCGGCGCCUCCUCCGGCAGCGAGAGGGACCGCAGCUCGGACCGGGCGAAGAGACGAGACAAGAAGGACAAGCGGGGCCAGCAGAGGGAGGGGCGACCGGAGACCAGGAGGUCCCAGAGGCUCUCGCAGGAGGUGACCAGCAGCUCGGGGACGGAGGGGACGCCGGACCGGGUCCUCCGCAGCGUGGCGGCUCUGGCGGCGGUGCAGGCGCGGUCACCGGCCGCCAGCACCCGCUCCUCCGCUACUCAACAGCGUCACAACAAGACAUGA